CCCGCCCCAACCAACAUGGAAGCAUCUAACAUGGAAAGGCUUCCAUGUUGUGCUAAAUCCAAUGAAACAAGCACACUUCUGGCUCAGUUGGACGACACUUUCCUCAUGCUUGCUGGCGAAACGGCACGGGGGCAUGUGAUAAGGUCCUAAGUCCAUAACAUUUUAUUGUCUGAAGCAAAGGACAAGUUGGGUCCCUGGUUUUAAUCCCUCCACAUACGUACAUACGUACAUACAUGCCAAGUGGAUUACCCAUUCACUGCUGACAGUGGGCCAUUAUAGUCCACCACACAUAAGACAGCAGGCUAUUUAGAGAAUCCAGCAAACGUUGUGAGGCCUGAGCAGGUUCGUCUUUCAACAGAAAGAACCAUUUAGGAGGAAAUCCAGAAAUCUUCUAUUGCUCACAUCCAUCAUCUGAAGUCUUAGGUGAUCACCUCAUUUUGCCUAAUGAUAGGGCAAGCCCUCUUAAUAAAGCAGGAUUCCUGAUCAUAUAGAGCGUACAGAGAUAGACAGGGAUAAAGAUAAAGCUAGAGAUGGGGUGGCAUCAUUUUAGGGAAACCAAUAAGCUGCUCUCAUCCCUCAGGAGCCCAGUGAAUUAAUCCACCCUUGAGUGAGCAAAUUACAAAAACGCUCCCUGUUCCAGUUAGGCGGUUAUGCAACUUACGAAGUGCACCUAAAGGACAUUUUGAUCCUAGGGAAUCUAACACGAAAAAAAAGCUCUGCAAUCAACAAUUGGCACAGUUUCUGUUUUCUGAUCUGUGAUUCAUAAACUUUCUGCAAUCCCCAUAUCAGGGAUUUAAAAAAAAAUAUAAGGAAGUGCUGUCAAGAAUUUUAGGACAAUGACAUCGAGGAACCCCAAAAUCCCGACAGUGCAUCGAUUUGUUUGCAGUCACGGGAUGUAGUUGCCUUUGCUCAGAAGGAAACUUUGGAUCCUCCCCAGGGGAGAAUUAGCAGUACCACUCGAAAUGCACUGUGUGCAGUAGUUCUGUCUGCCUCGUUAAAUAAAAAUAAAAAGGAAGAUUUUGAGGAGGUAAAGUCGGAGGUUAGACAAAUAGUAGUACACAUUCCAAUCGCUCAAAUUCAGUGUUUGAGGCAAGGGAAUUAUAGAAUAGAAGUUGCUGAAAAGUUAAGAUGAUGGGUAAAUCGGACAUAGCAGCAUUGGAGACCAGGGUUUGGCCAUGGAAACCCACUGAGUAAUGUUAGGUAUAGACAUGACUUGAAGGCAAACAACAACAACAACAACAACACCUUGAUUGCAAAACUCCCUUCAACUGAGUAGUCAAAGCUGUCAGGCAUUUGGCUUUUAAAACUGAUUUUUAAAGAAUGUUUUUAGUUUGGUUUAUAAAUUAUGAUCUUAUUGAAUAUUGCCUGGUGGUCACUAGUGAGUAGAAAAAGCAGUUCUUAAAUACAAACUGUAGCUGCCAUUGCUUUUACACUGUGAAUCCUUUGCAUAAGGACUAGGGCCUACCAGCUGAUGCUGUCACCAGAUGAAUUGCCACUGUACAUGAAUGGCUGCAGUCUCCUUCUCUGUUUUCCGUGAAAUAUCCUUCCCUGCCCUUCCCCACAUGAAUGGAGGUCACUUCUUAUCCUUAAUCCGAGCCUGCAACACCAAUCUUUCCCUCUUUAAUCUGCUGGAACAGCUGUGCUGUGAUUGCAUUGUGGAUUAUAAAAUGCCCAUUUCCCACAAAAACAGCUGCUGGCUAGAUGGACAGCAUUUAAUAAUAAUCACAGAGGAGCUUGAAAGAAAGUCCUGGGGUGGGGAAGUCGAGGCAGGGGGAAACUGGGAGAAGGAAGGGUGAUAGAGGAUGUGUUUACUUCUCAGGCACCAUAGCUGGAAGAUGAGGGAGAGUGAAGAGUCCCACAUUCAAUGCAGCAUGCAGAUUAAACAGAAGCAACUGUAGAAACCUCCAAAAAGAUGGAGCUUCAGAAAAUCCUCCCUUGGCGCCGUGCUUUCUUGGCUGUGUUACUGAACCUGCUCGCCCUUAGCCUGUCUACUACAGCCUUACUGGGUAGCUAUUGGUGCGUUGGAACCCAGAAGGUUCCCAAACCUUUAUGUGGGAAGACGAAGAGCACCAAGUGCAUCGGUGCCCCAAUGCCUCCUGAAGUCUUGGCUGGCAAUGCAUCAUUUCUGCCUCAGGAUGUGGUGCACUAUAGCUGGGAGACUGGUGAUGAUCGGUUUGCCUUCCGUUACUUUCACACAGGGUUAUGGCUUUCAUGUGAAGAAAACAUGGAGGGCUCAGAUGACAAGUGUCGCAGCUUCAUUGAACUUUCCCCUCCAGCAGAAAGAGGUAUCCUCUGGCUGUCUCUUGGAUCAGAGAUAGUGUACAUAUGUUUACUGGUGAUUAGUUUCCUGCUGCUGCUUCUGGACAUGUUAUACACAGGAAACCCAAUUUGUGGAAUGAAACUCAACGCCUUUGCUGCUGUCUCCUCUGUAUUGUCAGGCCUCCUUGGGAUGGUGGCUCACAUGAUGUACAGUCAAGUUUUCCAGGCAACUGUUAACCUGGGACCGGAAGACUGGAGACCACACUCGUGGGACUAUGGAUGGGCUUUCUACAUGGCCUGGGCUUCCUUUACUUGUUGCAUGGCCUCUGCAGUCACAACCCUGAACACAUACACCAAGACAGUGCUAGCGUUCAAGCGCAACCUUGAGAAAGCCUGUGAGGGGACCUUCACAACAGGCCAGUCUCAACCCCGCCAGUGCUUCAUGCCACCUCAAUACCAACACCACAGAGAACAAACCAGUGGCUUCUACCAGCAGCGAGAAAAAUCUCUCCACUCUAUUUCUGAGGGUGUUGAUUUUUACUCCGAACUGCAGCAGAAGGUGCUACAGAGGGAGCCUGACCUGGAGCUGAAUGAGGUCCUUGGAAAGUCAGUUCAAGAAGACCCGUGUUAGGACUGACACAAAACGUUCAUCAGAACAGUGGAAAAGAAACAGUUUUUAAAUCAAAAAAAUUGCCACCUGUGAAGUUCUGGUUUCUUCUAUUUACUCAGCCAGAGAAUUGGAGUUGGCAGAAGUCAUCCAGUCAUGUCCAUUGUUAUAUAUGGUCAUAAGAACAUAGGAAACUGCCUUAUUCUUUGCAAAUAACAAGAUGCCCAGAAUUUGUGACAUUUACUGAGAAUUUAUCUAACUUCACCCUUUACUUCAUUCAAGUGAGCAAACCGCAUGAAAACUAAAAGCUCCAGGAGACAUCAAAAUGUGUGUAUCUGAUUUGUUGUUGCAAUGGGAGGACAGGUUGCUUACCUAUAAUUAUCGUUUUUUGAAUGCUUAUCUAUGGACUCACACAUUUGGUUCACCGGAGAAGUACAUCAUUCAGAACACUAGAGAUAUUACACAAGUGUUUUUGGUGGUUGCCCUGCCCUCACCUGCAUGUCAUACCAGUGCACUUCCUGUCUAAAUCCUCAGUUCCAUUAUAGACGCAAAAGCAAAAGCCAAAGAUAUAAGAAGACAGGACAGGUUGAGGGGACAGGAAGUGAUACCGUGUGACUUCAUAGAUGAUCACUACAAUCACAGGAAAUCAACCUGUCCUUUUUCACAACACACGCAGCUACUAUCUACAGAGGUAGGGAUAUCAUGCUACACAGAAAACGAGCAUCGCCUCCCAUAUGCAGUCAAUAUCUGAGACCUUAAGCCCAGUUUAUAAUACGAUAUAAUGAAUCUAGACCAGAUGGCAGCUCCAUAGAUGUCAUGUGGAGGAAUCCCAGAAAUGCAGUACAUGCAGCAACAACUUGGGUUGUGUAGCUUCUUACUUGGGCAGACGGCUAUUGGUUUGCUAGUUCAUAAACCAGAUGAAUACUUGCAGCAACUUAACAGCAAAGUUGUGUAUAAACAGGCAACCCCUUCUUUGUAGAUGAGUAAUAUAGGAAAACUCUUUGGGACUGAUUAAUUGAAGAAGUACAAUCGGUGUAAAAGACCAUCUAGGCAAUGUACAGAAUGCACCAAGCCAGCAGUAGGAUUCUGAGAGAAUAAUGUCCUCCCUUGGAUGGCAAGCAGACACAACUUUUCACAAAAUUGAAGUAUCUGGUGUCAUGGUUACAUCAUUCCUAUGGAAGCAAAUGUAAGAUUGGUCCAUCCCCAGAGCACAAAGCUCACUGGCUCAUUUGGUAGAGGUAACUGCCACUAGAAAGACUGUUUUCCAGGUAAGCAGGCUUAGGCCACAAAAAAGCCAUGGAUUCCAAGAAUUUAUUGGACAGUCGAAAAAAGCCAGUUCUAAGCUCCAGCGGAUGCCUGGUCCUCGCUCAAAAGGAACAUUUUUUAUAACCUUUCACAAAUGGCUUGACCAGUGGAUUCAAGAAGUGGGAGGACUUGUAAAGGCAUUGAAAACACAGCUUCCAGGUAAAGGAAAGGAACAAAGUUAUGAAGAAGAAGGAGAUCAAAAAGUCUAAAAACAUGGGCAAUAGCCAUUCCAUUUGGAGAGACCACUUUAAGGUCAAUUCAGGUCACUUUUGCCAUUUGUAGUGUAUGAGCACUGAAUCAUAGAAUAGUAGAGUUGGAAGAGACCUCAUGGGCCAUCCAGUCCAACCCCCUGCCAAGAAGCACUGAAUUGAUGUUUUCUGAGCUGCAGCCAUAACUGACUUAGACCCCUUCCACACUGCCCCUAUAUCCCAGGAUCUGAGCCCAGAUUAUCUUCAUAUCCCAGAUUAUCUGCAGUCUCAUAUAAUCCAAUUUAAAUCCGUUAAUCUGGGUUCAGAUCCUGAAAUAUAAGGCAGUGUACAUGGGGAAAGGAAUCAAAGGGAAAGGAUUCAAAGGAAUCAGGGAAAGAUCUUCUAAGUCUUGGGCUUAAUUGUUGAAGAUCUGGAUGCCCCCUGCUGCUAUUGUGGGUGGUUAAUAGAUCUGGAUGCAGUGGAAGCUUCUGAUACUGACUUCUGGAAAGAUGCAGAAAAACUUCUUGGGCCACCACGCGAUUUAAAUAUACCUGGACUUGUCCUGUCAAAUCAUUGCUAUUAUUGUCAUGAGAGCCCAUCUCUCUGGGUUCAUGAACAAAAGAUUUUGUAUUGCUUGUUCUGAAAUUACACAAACAGGUUAAUGGUCAGUCCAGCCCAAUUCUGAAACACGUGGAGCUUUCAGGCGGGACACUGUGAGUGUUUUGCUCUCCUGAAAAGUGGAUGGAGGCUACAUGGGAUGCACCAAUCCCACAACUUUAUUGCAAGGUGGAUAUAUCUAUUCACACACCUCCUUAUCUGUUCAGAUAGAGGAUCAUAGUGGCAUUGUCUGAAACUACCUAAAAACUUUCUGACACAGAAGUUGCUCAAAAGAUUGAAAGAUUUUUAGAACAGCCAAGAGCUAGAGGACAUUGAUGUAGAGGGAUCACAUCAAUAACUCCUAACCAUUAGACCAGCAUAAUGAGUUCCCAUGCCUUGGAAGAUGUAUCAGUAGUGACCAUCACCAGGCCCUAGGGAAAUGGACAGAGCUACCACCAAAACUGCAUUUGUGUGAACCACAGAACAUCUGAUUUGUGUGAGUUAAAGACUAUGCAGAAUCCAGGAUUUCUAACCCAGCAAGCAGCUCAGAUUUAUUCUUGUUUUAUGACCCUGGUAUGUUGGAAACAACAAAACAGGAGUUGAGGUUCAACUAUCACACAAAUUUUUUUCUGUGAUAUUUAUUUAGACAUUUUGUGUGAAGUAGGAGUAAAAAUGCUGUGUGCCAGUAAGCCAGGAGAAGCCAAGAACUCUGGUUUUCUGCAAAUACAGCCAUUGAAUCAGAACACUGUGCUAUUUAAUUCAAUAUUGUAUAUACAGACUGAUAGCAUCUCAAAAUCAUUCCUCCUAUUAUAAACAGAAGUGGGGUAGCCCAUAACUCAAUUUGAUACUAUGACAAGUGCAUAGGUUUAACCUUCCAUCUCCCCAUCAUAUACCUUGGUCCUAAUCUUAUCCAGUGAUGAAUAUUUCAUUUAAAUUUAUAUAUACUAUCUCAGACAAAGGCUAAAUGUAUUUGGUUUGAUCCUGCAAAACAGCUCUAACUAAUCCCUACUGAAUGCAGAAAUGGUAGAUAUUAAAACAUAGAACAAAAUGAAAUCGCUCCAAGUGAUGCAAAGAUUAUAAUGUGCACAGGGGCUGAAUUGAUCUGAGUUGCUAUUGGUUUUCUUCAUCAGAGAAAUAUUGGAUGGGAGAGAAGGAAGAUCACCGUACAUCUUUAUGCCAAAAUGCAAUUCAAAUAGGCAUUCCUGCUUUAGAUUCAGAAAUUUUCACUGACUACUUUGAGUUGUUCAAACAUCACUGGGAUCAGAAUAAAGCAUACACAAGUUUAAUAAAAGGCGGAGACUUU